GAUGUUUUAGUUUAGUGCCGUUUCGACCGCUAUGUGUUUUGAUCGCGCUGUCAAAAAAAUAAAUUAAUAAUUUUGUGCGAAUAAAAUUAUCAAUAAUAAUAGAAAAUAUUGGCGUUAAUUUGCCAUACAGUCGCCGUUAAAACGCGUCGUUUGUUAGAUAAAUGGCCAGUGUUAGUGGACAAGAUUCACGAUGGUAUUUAACAGCAGAGCAACUACAAAAUUCACCAAGCAGAAGAUGUGGCAUGGACCAGGACCAAGAACUGAACCACAGACAAAAUGCAGCCUAUUUGAUACAGGAUAUGGGUCAACGGCUUCGGGUAUCGCAAUUGUGUAUAAACACAGCUAUAGUAUACAUGCAUAGGUUUUAUGCAUAUCAUUCCUUUACCUACUUCCACCGAAAUGGUAUAGCAGCGGCGAGCUUAUUUUUGGCAGCAAAGGUCGAAGAGCAGCCAAGGAAACUGGAGACCGUUAUACACAUUGCGAAUGCUUGUACAGCAUCGUCGAAAUUCAAUGAGGUGCCAGAUCCAUCCAAGGAGAGCUAUCAGGAGCAAGCUCAGGAUCUGGUAUUCAACGAAAAUGUUUUAUUGCAAACAUUAGGGUUUGAUGUUGCCGUUGAUCAUCCGCAUACACAUGUUGUCAAAACAUGUCACUUGGUAAAAGCCUGUAAGGAUUUGGCACAGACAUCGUAUUUUUUAGCAUCAAACAGCCUUCAUUUAACAACAAUGUGUCUCCAGUACAAGCCGACAGUGGUAGCCUGUUUUUGUAUAUACCUCGCGUGCAAGUGGUCUGGUUGGGAGAUACCACAGUCCACGGAGGGUAAAUUUUGGUUUCAUUAUGUAGAUACGAAUGUAAAUUUGGAUUUAUUGGAACAAUUGACGCGAGAGUUCCUUGUGAUUUAUGAAAAAAGUCCAGCACGGUUAAAGACUAAAUUAAAUUCAUGUAAAGGACUGGUACUUAACAAGGUUGAACAGCAGCAACAACGGCCAAUGUCUCAACCAUCUAGCAGUUCCCGUUCUCAUCCUGCCGGCGAACACAGCCGAUCCCAAUCAUCUAGUCAUCAGAGAGCCAACCAUCAGAAGAUACCACAUGCCGGGCAAGCUGGAAAGGAACAUGUACCCUCAAAAUCAUCGUCAGGUCAAAUGCCAUCCAAACAACCUCAACCUCAUGCAAACGUGGCGCCAUCGUCGUCCGCCUCAGCAUCGUCGUCAUCCAUGGCAUCGAAUUCGUGUCGACCGCGACCAGAUCGUGCUGAACGACCGAUUGUACCAGAGCCACAUUUUUCUGCGCCGCAACGAACAGCUGGCAGUACGAAGGGUCCCUUGCCUCCAUUAACUAGAGGCAACAUCGACAAUAUGACACAGUCUGGUAGUAAUAUGCAAGCGACAGUUUUGCAACAACAGCAGCAGCAGCGAUCAAGUCAACCAUCACACGAUCAGCAAUAUUAUCAGCAACAAGCAAACAAGAAUCGAAAUCCAAUGAAUCCAAUGACACAACCAAUUCCUGAUGUGCAACGUCAAAAUAUGAAACAAGAGCAAAGGCAACAUGGCAAAGACCAACAACAACCGAAGCCUAUUGACCCAACAAAGAAUCAAGCAAAGCCACAGCAGCAACAUAAUAGCGGUAACAAUAGUGGCAAUUUGUACCCUACAAAUGAAAAUCAGCAGAGAAUGAGUAGUACAUCGAGACAGCCGCCUUAUCAACAACAGCUACCGAAUUACAAUCAAGCUAUGGCCAGUCGUAAGGUAAAUCAUCCACAACAACAGUCACAGCCAGAACAUGCAUCCGUCCAUCAACUUAAACACCCUACGGCUGAGUCUACAUUCAGGCUAACAGAUGAUCAGUGUGGCCCAAUGGUUGACGGUCAGGAGUUAAGUUCACCACCAAAACAACACAAAUCAAUAUUCAGUCCUGAAUGGAAUGAUAGUGUCAAUGUGGUGCCACAACGGCCGCCGAAUAAUGGUCUCAACAUCAAAUCGAAUCGUGACAGUCCGAAAAAGCAUCGCUCUGAAACACCGAAAAAGGACAAGCGAACCGAUUUAACCACAGGCCAAUUGGGCAAUAAGGCACCAAGCCAUUCAGAUAAACGUGGAAACGGUGCCAAGCCCGGUAUGCCCGCAAUGACCGUGCCACAGCAAACCUUACCGUUCGAUUCCACUUCAACAAUGUCAAAACAUUUGAAUGCUGGACUGAAAAGGAUGCUUCCCGACGAUACGAUUAAACAAGAAAAUGGAAUCGACUUUCGAGAAGCCAAACAACGUAAACUCGAUGUUGUUCAACCGUUGUCGCCGUCAUUUAGUUUAGAUUGCAAACCCAGUUUAGAUGUCAAACCGAAUAUAUCAAAAUUGCCGAUAUACCCAUCCGAGAACGUUCCCACUUACGACCAUCCGAUGAAAACAACGUCGUUUAAUGGAAUCGAAACGAAUCCGGAUUUAGUUAGUAGUUUGCUGAAGGAGAGCCUGUGCACCGACACAAAGUUCCAUUCAUCUUUGUCUACUGUGCCGCACGAAGCGCUGCCGCAGAGUCUGAUCAAGCAAGAACCUUCCAAAUACGAUUCGUACGAACCUUCGGCCACUUUGCCACAGCAAUUAUUCGAAACUCCAAUGUUACCAACGCAAAUAAAAUUAGAGGUUGGAAGUGAGCACGGUCAGCGCACUAAAUCGGAAAAGAAAAAGAAGAAAGACAAACACAAGCACAAGGACAAGGACAAAGAUAAAACGAAAGACCGCGAAGAACGGAAAAAGCACAAGAAGGAUAAGGAUCGACAAAAGGAUCGCGAACGAUCAGCUGAUUUACCGGCUAGCGAUGGACACAAUCCAUUGAAAAUUACGAUACCGCGAGAUAAGUUAAUAUCGACCCAGGAAACAGCACCCGGUGGAUUUAAAAUAACAAUUCCCCGUGAUCGUAUCAAACCUGAACCCGUAGCACCACCGCCGGCGUCGCUAAAAAUCAAAAUAUCCAAGGACUUGAUCGGAGACUAUGCCAGUGGACAGCAACAUAAUCCCGCUGAAAACAAUAGCAACAGUCAUUCGCAUUCGUCAAAGAAAAAGGACAAAGAUCGUGAUCGCGAAAAGUCGAAAAAUUCAAAACAUUUGGAUUUUACCAAGCAAAACGGUAAUAAUGGCAGUAAUGGUUCGAAUAGCAACGGCGGCAAUGCAACGGUUACCAGUGCCAACAGCAGCAACAGCCGUAAUCAAUCAUCCAAUUCAAAUAAGAAAUACAAGAUUGACAUGUAGAUCAAAGGAAAUUUGGGUUAAUAUGUGAUAAAUAAAAAUAUUGAUUUAGAUGAUACCUCAAUAUAACAACAUUCAUCCACAAACGCAAUACAUGCAACAUUCUCAGUACAUGCAACAGAAAAUGCCAGUUUACAGUGACAAUAUGGGAACAUCGAAUCUGUACAAUACGGGCAAUUCCGGUAGCAAUGUCAAUCAAAUGCCACAGAAUCGAUUACCGCAACAACCACUUCAGCAACAGCAACAGCCUCAACAACAGCAGCAGCAACAGCAACAACAGCAUCAGCAGCAUCAGCUGCAGCAACAAUUAAAUCAAUCCCAGCAAUCAAUGAUUGAUGCAACCAAAUAUUCGAAUCAUUAUCCUUUCGCAGGCAACACAAAUUACUUCUACCAUGGAGGCAAUAGUAGUAACAGUAAUGUUAACAAGAAGAAUUAAUUCUUUUUUUUUCUCUAUUUUAGUUAAGGAAAAUUGAAAUGUUAUUGCCUGAGCGCAUUUAAUGAAAGGAUGUGAAUAUACUCGAGAGAUAUAUUCAAAGAAUUUUUUUUUUCAUUUUUUUUUGUUGAACUUUUGUGUACAUAAUAGUUAAUGGAAAAAUAAAUAAAAAAUAAAAAAAAAAAAAUAAAUAAAAAAAAACUAAAAAUCAUUCGCUAAAACUAUUUAAGUGGACAACGAGAUAAAUAUUUCUUGGAUAAAGACAAUCCUCUUUAUUAGAAACAAAAAAAAAAAUUAUUCGUUUCUUGAAUCGAUCCUUUUAGUUGAAUAUUUAGCCUUAAAUUGAAUUGAAGAAACAUUGAUGUUAACUAUAAACGGUCUUUAUACAAGAGUUUUCAUAAAUAAUACGAAAUGAUUGCUCAAAGAGAGGAAGUUUUUUUUUCUUUCUUUUAAUUUGCAAAAAUGAAAAGAAGAAAAACAUCGAAGAGAUGAAAGCAAGUGAAUUUUCGCAAUGUUAUCGCAACGUAUAAUAUGGAUUACAUUCGAUCAAUUUUUACUGUGUAGUUAGUUCUUAUUAAGUUUUUAUAAAUUUUUUUGUUAAAAACAGAAUUAUGUAAAAUUUGCAUUAAUUUUAGACACAUUGGACACACUUUUCAUUUAUCAAAAGUGCGGUCUCACAACAUUGGGAUUUUAUUUAUUUAUUUAGCAUUUAAACGAAAACAACAAAAAAAACAUAAAAUUUAUAGAAAUAUAAUUCGUAUUUUUGUACAAUAAUUCAAAACAAAAAAUUUUAUUGAUUUUUCGUUAGUUUGUUUGAGGUCGGUAUUUUUGGGGCAGGGUGGGCUGAACGACAUAAAUACUACA